CCCUUGUGGCUUGCUGUCAGCAGCAGCCCACACGUGCAGAAGGUUGUUUGAAGUGGGCUUGCACAUGUUUCCAUAGCAGCAGUCAUCUUGGUGAUUCCUGUCAUUUUGGACUUCUUUUUUCUUUUGCUUCUCUGUUUCUCGCUGAUGCCGGAUUAAACAAACAGCAUAUUUAGGUCAAGGAAAGAGAUGUUUGCUAAUAUAGAUGCUUGGCUAAGCAUUCUGGGAGAGUGAUUUCUUGCAGCAGAUGAACAUUCUUUGUGCCUUCCAGCAGCCUCUGCAGCAGGGUGGCUGUCUGGCACCGUCUUUUUCAUUUUAGGCAGGUUCUGAGACUCAGAACAAUCCCAAGCAAAUCACAGGAGCUGGCAGUUUUCUGGUAACCAUAUAUACAUGUCUGCUUAUUUGUUCGUUUGUAUUAACAGUGAAGCAGUCUACUGGAAAAUGAUACUGUAAAGGUUUUGGUGCAUCCAAGGUGUGUCAUCUUGUUUUUGUACCACCCUCAUGUUUUACGCUCGAGCUUGGAUUUUUUUGUCAGGCGCUUGGGCAGGAGCAGAUUCUAGUACAACAGCUCAGCUUCCCUUCUGUUCUGGUGCCGGCAACUGCCUGUCAUGAAGAUGGUACAGUGGGAACCUGCGCUGAAGAGCCAAGGAAGAUGAUGUGGAAAUGGAGUAGUGAUUGCUAGAAAUCUGAACAUCCACACCUUGGGGAUGGGUUGCACUACUAGUGUGAUUCUGUUUAAAGGCAUCCGCACCGUUUUUGAAAGAAACUGUGCUUAUAUGUGUAAGCAGCAAGGAGAGAAUAAUGUCCUUGAAUAUACAGCAUACAAUUGGACAAAAGAAGAUUCAGAACUAUUGAUCUCCUCCUGUCUGGCAAAGCCAAAGCUGAUUGAACCCCUCGAUUAUGAAAAUGUCAUUGUCCAGAAGAAGACACAGAUCCUGAACGAUUGUUUGAGGGAGAUGCUGCUCUUCCCUUAUGAUGACUUUCAGACGGCCAUUCUGAGACGGCAGGGACGAUACAUAUGCUCAACAGUUCCUGCAAACGCACAAGAGGAAGCACAGAGCCUCUUUGUCACAGAGUGCAUCAAAACCUAUAACUCUGACUGGCAUCUUGUGAACUAUAAAUAUGAAGAUUAUUCAGGAGAGUUUCGACAGCUUCCAAACAAAGUGGCCAAGUUGGAUAAACUGCCAGUUCACGUCUAUGAGGUUGAUGAGGAGGUUGACAAAGAUGAGGAUGCUGCCUCCCUCGGCUCUCAGAAGGGUGGGAUCACCAAGCAUGGGUGGCUGUACAAAGGCAACAUGAACAGUGCGAUCAGCGUGACUAUGAGGUCAUUUAAAAGACGGUUUUUCCAUCUGAUUCAACUUGGUGAUGGAUCCUACAAUUUGAAUUUUUAUAAAGAUGAAAAGAUCUCCAAAGAACCAAAAGGAUCAAUAUUUCUGGAUUCCUGUAUGGGAGUGGUUCAGAACAACAAAGUCAGGCGUUUUGCUUUUGAGCUCAAGAUGCAGGACAAGAGUAGUUACCUUUUGGCAGCAGACAGUGAGGUAGAAAUGGAAGAAUGGAUCACAAUUCUAAACAAGAUUCUCCAGCUGAACUUUGAAGCUGCAAUGCAAGAAAAGCGAAAUGGAGACUCUCAUGAAGAUGAUGAACAAAGCAAAUUGGAAGGUUCUGGUUCCGGUUUAGACAGCUACCUGCCUGAACUUGCCAAGAGUACCAGAGAAGCAGAAAUAAAAUUGAAAAGUGAAGGCAGAGUUAAACUCUUUUACUUGGACCCGGAUGCCCAGAAGCUUGACUUCUCAUCAGCUGAGCCAGAAGUGAAGCCAUUUGAAGAGAAGUUUGGAAAAAGAAUUCUUGUCAAGUGCAAUGAUUUAUCAUUCAAUUUACAAUGCUGUGUUGCAGAAAAUGAAGAAGGACCCACUACAAAUGUAGAGCCUUUCUUUGUUACUCUAUCUCUGUUUGACAUAAAAUACAACCGAAAGAUUUCUGCUGAUUUCCACGUGGACCUGAACCAUUUCUCAGUGAGGCAGAUGCUGGCCACCACAUCCCCGACUCUGAUGAACGGUGGCAGACAGAGCACACCUGCCCUUCAGGACAUCCUUCAUGAAGCUGCCAUGCAGUAUCCGAAACAGGGCAUAUUUUCAGUCACAUGUCCUCAUCCUGAUAUAUUUCUUGUGGCUAGAAUUGAAAAAGUGCUUCAGGGGAGCAUCACACAUGGUGCUGAGCCAUACAUGAAAAGUUCAGACUCUUCUAAGGUUGCUCAGAAGGUGCUGAAGAAUGCCAAGCAGGCAUGCCAAAGACUGGGGCAAUACAGAAUGCCAUUUGCUUGGGCAGCAAGGACAUUGUUUAAGGAUGCAUCUGGAAACCUUGACAAAAAUGCCAGGUUCUCUGCUCUCUACAGACAAGACAGCAAUAAGCUAUCCAAUGAUGACAUGCUCAAGUUACUUGCAGACUUUCGGAAACCUGAGAAGAUGGCUAAACUCCCGGUGAUUUUGGGCAAUCUAGACAUUACAAUUGAUAAUGUUUCCUCAGACUUUCCUAAUUAUGUCAAUUCAUCAUACAUUCCCAUGAAGCAAUUUGAAACCUGUACUAAAGUUCCAAUCACAUUUGAAAUAGAGGAAUUUGUGCCCUGCAUACCAAAACACACUCAGCCUUACACCAUCUACAACAAUCACCUUUAUGUUUAUCCUAAGUACUUGAAAUAUGACAGUCAAAAGUCUUUUGCCAAGGCAAGAAAUAUUGCCAUUUGCAUUGAAUUCAAAGAUUCAGAUGAGGAAGACUCUCAGCCUCUGAAGUGCAUUUAUGGCAGACCUGGUGGGCCAGUAUUCACAAGAAGCGCCUUUGCUGCGGUUUUACACCAUCACCAAAACCCAGAAUUUUAUGAUGAGAUUAAAAUAGAAUUGCCCACCCAGCUACAUGAAAAGCACCACUUACUGUUCACAUUCUUCCAUGUCAGCUGCGAUAAUUCAAGUAAAGGAAGCACAAAGAAGAAGGAUGUUGUUGAAACACAAGUUGGAUAUUCCUGGCUUCCCCUCCUGAAAGAUGGAAGGGUGGUGACUAACGAGCAGCACAUUCCUGUCUCAGCUAAUCUCCCAUCUGGCUACCUUGGCUACCAGGAGCUUGGGAUGGGCAGGCAUUAUGGUCCAGAAAUUAAAUGGGUAGAUGGAAGCAAGCCACUACUGAAAGUUUCAACUCACCUGGUUUCCACAGUGUAUACUCAGGAUCAGCAUUUACAUAAUUUUUUCCAGUACUGUCAGAAAACCGAAUCUGGAGCCAAAGCCUUAGGGAGUGAACUUGUAAAAUACCUUAAGAGCCUGCAUGCCAUGGAAGGCCACGUGAUGAUCGCCUUCUUGCCCACCAUCCUGAACCAGCUCUUCCGUGUCCUCACCAGAGCUGCUCAGGAGGAAGUCGCUGUCAACGUGACACGGGUCAUUAUUCAUGUGGUUGCCCAGUGCCAUGAGGAAGGAUUGGAGAGCCACUUGAGGUCAUAUGUUAAGUAUGCUUAUAAGGCUGAGCCAUAUGUUGCCUCCGAAUAUAAGACAGUGCAUGAAGAACUGACCAAAUCCAUGACCACAAUUCUCAAGCCUUCCGCCGAUUUCCUCACUAGCAACAAACUACUUAAGUAUUCAUGGUUUUUCUUUGAUGUUUUGAUAAAAUCCAUGGCUCAGCAUCUGAUAGAGAACUCCAAGGUUAAGUUAUUGCGAAACCAGAGAUUUCCUGCAUCCUAUCAUCAUGCAGUGGAAACUGUUGUGAAUAUGCUGAUGCCGCACAUCACUCAGAAGUUUCGAGACAACCCUGAGGCAUCUAAGAAUGCGAAUCAUAGCCUUGCUGUAUUUAUCAAGAGAUGUUUCACCUUCAUGGACAGGGGCUUUGUCUUUAAGCAAAUCAACAAUUACAUAAGCUGCUUUGCCCCUGGAGACCCUAAGACACUCUUUGAAUACAAGUUUGAAUUUCUCCGUGUAGUGUGCAAUCAUGAACAUUAUAUUCCUUUGAAUUUACCAAUGCCAUUUGGAAAAGGCAGGAUUCAAAGAUACCAAGCUUUUCUUUCACCAGCUGUGGAGUCAAAUGAUACUCCUGUAGAUCUCCAGCUUGACUACUCAUUAACGGAUGAGUUCUGCAGAAACCACUUCUUGGUGGGACUGUUACUGAGGGAGGUGGGGACUGCACUCCAGGAGUUCAGGGAGGUCCGGCUGAUUGCCAUCAGCGUACUCAAGAACCUGCUGAUAAAGCAUUCUUUUGAUGACCGAUAUGCUUCGAGGAGCCAUCAAGCAAGGAUAGCCACUCUCUACCUGCCUCUGUUUGGUCUGCUGAUUGAAAACGUCCAGCGAAUCAAUGUGAGAGAUGUGUCACCCUUCCCUGUGAACCCCGGCAGUACUGUGAAGGAAGAAUCAGUUGCUUUGCCAGCUGUAAACCCAUUGGUGACGCCGCAGAAGUCUGGAAACACGCUGGAUAACAGCCUGCACAAAGACCUCUUUGGCGCCAUCUCUGGCAUUGCUUCUCCGUAUACAGCUUCAACUCCAAACAUCAAUAGUGUGAGAAAUGCUGAUUCCAGAGGAUCCCUCAUAAGCACGGAUUCGGGGAACAGCCUUCCAGAAAGAAAUAGUGAGAAAAGCAAUUCCCUAGAUAAGCACCAGCAAAGUGGCACUUUGGGAAAUUCUGUGGUUCGCUGUGACAAACUUGACCAGUCUGAGAUUAAGAGCCUGCUGAUGUGUUUUCUCUACAUCUUGAAAAGCAUGUCUGAUGAUGCUUUGUUUACAUAUUGGAACAAGGCUUCAACAUCUGAACUUAUGGAUUUUUUUACAAUAUCUGAAGUCUGCUUGCACCAGUUCCAGUACAUGGGGAAGCGAUACAUAGCCAGGAACCAAGAGGGGUUGGGACCCAUAGUUCAUGAUCGAAAAUCUCAGACAUUGCCUGUUUCCCGUAACAGAACAGGAAUGAUGCAUGCCAGAUUGCAGCAGCUGGGCAGCCUGGAUAACUCUCUCACUUUUAACCACAGCUAUGGCCACUCGGACGCAGAUGUUCUUCACCAGUCGCUGCUUGAAGCCAACAUCGCUACUGAGGUGUGCCUUACGGCUCUGGAUACUCUCUCUCUAUUUACACUGGCAUUUAAGAACCAGCUCCUGGCUGACCAAGGACAUAAUCCUCUCAUGAAGAAAGUUUUUGAUGUCUACCUGUGUUUUCUUCAAAAACAUCAGUCUGAAAUGGCUUUAAAGAACGUCUUCAUUGCCUUAAGGUCAUUAAUUUAUAAGUUCCCCUCCACCUUCUAUGAAGGGAGGGCCGACAUGUGCGCCGCUCUGUGCUAUGAGACGCUGAAGUGCUGUAACUCCAAGCUGAGCUCCAUCCGGACCGAGGCCUCCCAGCUGCUGUACUUCCUCAUGAGGAACAACUUCGACUACACGGGGAAGAAGUCCUUCGUACGGACACAUCUGCAAGUCAUUAUUUCAGUCAGCCAGCUGAUAGCGGAUGUUGUGGGCAUCGGGGGAACCAGAUUCCAGCAGUCCUUGUCUAUCAUCAACAACUGCGCUAACAGUGACAGGCUCAUCAAGCACACCACCUUCUCCUCGGACGUCAAGGACCUGACCAAAAGGAUCCGCACAGUUCUGAUGGCCACCGCCCAGAUGAAGGAGCACGAGAACGACCCGGAGAUGCUGGUGGACCUCCAGUACAGUCUGGCCAAGUCCUACGCCAGCACCCCUGAGCUCAGGAAGACGUGGCUGGACAGCAUGGCCCGGAUCCAUGUCAAGAAUGGGGAUCUGUCUGAGGCAGCAAUGUGCUAUGUCCACGUGACAGCUCUGGUGGCAGAAUACCUCACACGGAAAGAAGCAGACAUAGCCCUCCGGCCGGAGCCACCCCUCUUCCCCUACAGCCACAGCACCAGCCAGAGGAGGCGCCAGGGAGGUGAGCCUGAGGGUGGGCCCAGCCCCCAGGGCCCCCGCCGCUCUGUCCACAGGACACUCAGAGGCAUGUUCAGACAAGGAUGCACAGCCUUCAGGGUGAUUACCCCAAACAUAGAUGAGGAGGCCUCCAUGAUGGAAGACGUCGGAAUGCAGGAUGUCUACUUCAACGAGGACGUGCUCAUGGAGCUCCUGGAGCAGUGUGCAGAUGGUCUCUGGAAGGCUGAACGCUAUGAGCUGAUCGCGGACAUCUAUAAGCUCAUCAUCCCCAUUUACGAGAAGCGGAGGGAUUUUGAGAGGCUAGCCCACCUGUAUGACACACUACACCGGGCCUACAGCAAAGUGACAGAGGUCAUGCACUCGGGCCGCAGGCUCCUGGGGACGUACUUCCGAGUGGCCUUCUUCGGACAGCAAUACCAGUUUACAGACAGUGAAACAGAUGUGGAGGGAUUCUUUGAAGAUGAAGAUGGAAAGGAGUACAUUUACAAAGAACCCAAGCUCACACCUCUGUCAGAAAUUUCUCAGAGACUCCUUAAACUUUACUCAGAUAAAUUUGGUUCUGAAAAUGUCAAAAUGAUACAGGAUUCUGGCAAGGUCAACCCUAAGGAUCUGGAUUCCAAGUAUGCGUACAUCCAGGUGACUCAUGUGAUCCCAUUCUUUGAUGAAAAAGAAUUGCAAGAAAGGAAAACGGAGUUUGAGAGAUCUCAUAACAUUCGUCGCUUCAUGUUUGAGAUGCCCUUCACUCAGACCGGGAAAAGGCAGGGUGGGGUCGAGGAGCAGUGCAAACGGCGCACCAUACUGACAGCAAUACACUGCUUCCCUUAUGUGAAGAAGCGGAUCCCCGUCAUGUACCAGCACCACACCGACUUGAACCCUGUUGAGGUGGCCAUUGAUGAGAUGAGUAAGAAGGUGGCUGAGCUCCGGCAGCUGUGCUCCUCCGCCGAAGUGGACAUGAUCAAACUGCAGCUCAAACUCCAGGGCAGCGUGAGCGUCCAGGUCAAUGCUGGUCCCCUAGCAUACGCCAGAGCUUUUUUAGAUGAUACAAACACAAAAAGAUAUCCUGACAAUAAAGUGAAGUUGCUUAAAGAAGUCUUCAGACAAUUUGUGGAAGCUUGUGGCCAAGCCUUAGCAGUAAAUGAACGGCUUAUUAAAGAAGACCAGUUAGAGUAUCAGGAAGAAAUGAAGGCCAACUACAGGGAGAUGGCAAAAGAGCUUUCUGAAAUCAUGCACGAGCAGAUCUGUCCCCUGGAGGAGAAGACGAGUGUUUUACCGAAUUCCCUUCACAUCUUCAAUGCCAUCAGUGGGACUCCAACAAGCACAAUGGUUCACGGCAUGACCAGCUCAUCCUCAGUGGUGUGAUUUCAUUUCACGGACCACGUGUGUGGACUGACUUUGUCAUUUGCAAACUCAGGAUGAUUUCCAAGGCUAAUCACUGGGCUUGUGCAAGACAUGGGGGAGACCGAGCACAAGGAGAAGUCAAGGGGAAUGGGAGAGAAAGGAAGUAAAGAACUGUGUUAUUUCUUAGCAGAUUUUCUAGAGGAGUCAUAAGAGGGUACACAUAUAUUUUUAAAUCUCAUUGGCAAUAUUCAGAGUUUUCAUUAUGUCUUAACAGAGGUGUGUGGUGGACAUUCUUAAGCUGAAGUUAAAUUUUAUUCUUCUUUACAGAAUAGUGUUAAAAUAAGCGGCCUAGAGAAAGCAAAUGUUCUGAAAUGUACAUUACAGGGACAGUAGCACUGAAAUUGAGGCUGGGGUAACCUUUUGCCUCUAGGCUAAGCUGGAAAAUCUUGAAAAUAUUUUUUGUCCUGUGGCACACACAUUCAGGUUGAAUACAAGAACUAUUUUUGUGACUAGUUUUUGAUGACCUAAGGGAACUGACCAUUGUAAUUUUUGUACCAGUGAACCAGGAGGUUUAGUGCUUUUGUACUCAUUUACUUGCAUUUAAAAAAUAUGAAAGCAUAAGAAACUAUGUGAGCUUAAAACUAGUCAAGCAGUUUAGAACCAAAGGCCUGUAUUAAUAAACACAACUAUGCUAAAAAUCUCAAAGUAGUACAGUAUGUUAUGUACAUAGAGUUUAUUAAUAUAGUCUCAGCAUCCUGUACAUACAUGUAUUACAUUUCUACAUUUUUAAUACAUCAGCUUCUGCGUUAAGUUUUAUUGUGACAGAUCUGUGCUGUUCUUAGUAUAUGCAAUACACUUGACAUUACUGUUUUAUCCCUGUACAUAAAAAGUGCAAUUUGGAGAUGUAUACAGUCUUUGCUAUGUUAGGUUUAUAAGCUGUUUUAAAAAUUUCAUCCUUUUGCCAAAGUGGUGGAGUAUGUAAUUGGUAAAUCAUAAAUUCUGUGGUGAAUAGUGGUGUAAUUUAAAGCUUUCACCAUGUUAUAUUUUCUUUUGAGACAUUAAUUUAGUAAUUUUAUAUUUGGGGAAAAUAAAAGUUUUUAAUUUUAUUUAACUAGAAUCUCUGCCCUGCUGUAAUUAAGCAUUCUGUACCACAUCUGUAUUAAAAAUAACAUUGCUGAUUU